CAGAAAAUGUCCACCAGGUAUCACAAAGCAGCAGCUGAUGGCAACUUGGAGCUCCUCAAAGAAGCCACGAAAAAGGAUCUCAAUACUCCGAAUGAGGAUGGGAUGACGCCCACCCUGCUGGCAGCAUACCACGGCUACCUGGAAGCGCUGGAAGUCACCUGUCGGAGGGGAGGYGACCCGGACAAAUGCGACAUCUGGGGGAACACUCCCCUGCACCACGCUGCUUCCAACGGUCACAUCCACUGUGUUUCCUUCCUGAUCAAGUUCGGCGCCAAUAUAUUUGCUCUGGACAACGACCUGCGCACACCUCUGGAGGCGGCUGCCAGCAGAGACCGAAGCGAGUGCGUCAGCCUGCUGGACAAAGCUGCCACGGAGCAGAACCUGCUGAACCCAAAGAAAGUGGCCAAACUCAAAGCGCAGGCCCACAGGAACGCGGAGAAGCAAAUCAAGGAAUGCGAGAAGCUCCAGGAGAAACACCAGCACGAAAUGAACCAGAGCUAUAUGAAAGAAAAGCUUGGCUCAGUGAAUUCUUCAAGAGGAACACACUCCAGAGGAAAGGUGGCUAGUCUCUUUGCUUCAAAUACAAGUUCUUUCYCCAAAAACCUGAAAGAUACCUUCGGAUUGAGAGCCAAAAAGGCAGCUGAUAAUGCCAGAAAUGAGGGAACACAAAGCAAUGGCCAAGGGGAGAGCAAGGAGAGAAUGACUGUGAUGCAUUUAUUUGAUGAAAAAGAGGAGGAUGAAUUACUGAAUGACUUUAGAGAGGUAAACUUUUCUGAUAAUGACAGUCAGUUCUCUAUUUUCAAGCGGCCAGGUCUUGGUAAGAUUGUAUUUGGAAGAAAUUUGGCUGCAGAUAUAAAUCCAGAAGACAUAUCUUCAGGGAAAGAGAGUAUAAACUUCAAAAUGUCCAGUGAGCUCUUUCAGCACAAAAGCACUGAGAAUGGCAAGGAAGAUGAUGAUGGAAAUGAAGCUAAUGUUCCUUGGAAUGAGGAGGAACUUGUCUGGGAUGAGGAGGAAGGAGAGAACACACCCUUGGAGGUGUUUCUGGCAUCACAGAUGUUGGAUGAGUUUCUUCCAAUCUUCAUGAGGGAAAAGAUYGAUUUGGAUGCCUUGAUGUUGUGUUCGGAUGAAGAUUUACAGAGUAUUCAAAUAGAGCUGGGGCCAAGAAAGAAAGUCCUGAAUGCUGUGGAUAGGAGAAAACAGGCACUUAAGAACCCCGGAAAAACAACAGACACUCGCUUAUAAAUAAACAUUUCUGUGGCACUACCCUGCACCCGGAUUCAAUCUCUUUUGCUCUUUCACAAUAAGACGUGGUUGCUCUCAGAUGUCUGCUAAAGGAAAAGGUAAAGAGAUGGCCAGCUCCUUUAGCCCAGACAGCUAAGCCAAAAUGCUUCUGUCUGGAUAGAUGACUGCAGUACAUAGGCUAUAAAAGCAACACGUUUUGCCAAAAGAAAUAAUUUGAAGGUUAAAAAAAUUAGAAAUAUUUAAGUCUUUCUCUCCCUGUCAUGGGGAUGGGAUGUGUUUUGGUUCAAGUAACUUCAGCAGUUAGUGAAGGCCAGUCAUGCUGUAUUCCUUAACAAAGCCCUUCCCUGUUCAAAGCCACAAAUCCACGGGCAUUCCCACAGCAAGGCGGCUUUGGGAUUUCUCRGACAGUUCCUGUUAGAUUGCCCUUUGUGCUCUCAGUGACACUGGAGAAAUGGAAUCUGGAUCUGGAUUUUGGCUGUCAUCUGUUGACUCUAGUAGCCUCUGAAUUAAUGUAAAUAAAGCUAAUU